UAUAUUGGUUUUGUUAAGUAAUUCAAUUGUGAUGUAUUGUGUGUAGGCAGUGGUACAUUUGAAAAUGAUACGAAGAAGUAUCAUGUAUUAAAAUAAAUAGGUACUUGUGCAAGUAUUUGAGAGUACGUAAACAAAUAGGAAGGAAGACAAAAUAGAAGUCCGUGCGCUAAAAGCAUGAAAGCUGUUUGUUAGAAAAAAAAUUGGUAUCUGAACCAUUACUGCGUGAACAACAUAAGAUUAGCUUGGAAAAAUCUCCUAGUAUUUAAUAUGACCGGAUUUGUCUGUUGGUGGAACUUAUAAUUGUGAGUCUAAUCACGGAUAUACGCGACGCUUAAUUUAAAUAUUUUAACUUGGGUACUGUAACAACACCGCCGAUUGUAGGUUAUAGUAUGAAGCUCGUACAAGGAAUUCUGAAGUUGAAACACUUUUCCUACGGUGUCAGUAGGCAUUAUUCAAACAGAAAUGUGCUGAAAUUGCACGAGAGAGGGAUGUAUAAGGAUAUAUUCCCAGAUACUGCAAGUGCGGAGAUUGUUGACUUGCUGAACGCUAAGCCACAGUGUGUAUAUGCUGGCUUUGAUCCAACGGCCGAUAGUCUGCAUAUUGGCAACCUGCUUGUAAUUAUUAAUCUGUUACACUGGCAAAGAAGCGGACAUAGAGUCAUAGUGCUGGUAGGUGGUGCUACAGGUUAUAUUGGGGAUCCAAGUGAGAGAACAACAGAUAGGCCUGCACUCAGUGCAGAAUACAUAAAACAUAAUGUGAGUGGCAUAACAGAGAACGUAGGACAACUGUUUAAAAAUCAUGACACAUUUUUGUGGAAAGGUCAGGGUCAUGGAGAUGAUGGUGACUUAGUGCCAGUUACAAUAGUCAACAACUAUACUUGGUAUGAAAAAUUGAAUGUACUGUCAUUUAUGGGCAACAUAGGACGCAACUUCAGGAUGGGAACCAUGCUUUCUCGGCAGAGUGUAGGAUCUCGUAUAGCAUCUGAGACUGGCAUGAGCUUCACAGAAUUCACUUACCAAAUUUUCCAAGCAUAUGAUUGGUUAUACCUACUUGAGAAUUAUGACUGCAGAUUUCAGAUUGGUGGUAGCGACCAGAUGGGAAAUAUUGUCUCAGGACAUGACUUAAUUUCAAGAGUUUCAAAUAGAAAAGUUUAUGGUUUAACUGUCCCUCUUGUCACUACAGAGACUGGCAAUAAAUUUGGAAAAUCUGAGGGGAAUGCAAUAUGGUUGAGCCGAGAAAAAACUUCACCAUUUGAGCUAUAUCAGUUUUUUAUACGAUCUCGAGACUCAGAAGUAGAAAAUCUUUUAAAAUUAUUCACUUUCUAUUCAACAGGAAAAAUUAAUGAGAUUAUGCAACAACAUAAGGUGAAGCCAGAAGCUCGAUUAGCACAGAAGAAAUUGGCUGAACAAGUUACAGUCCUUGUUCAUGGAGAAAGUGGUCUUUCCUCAGCUUUACAGACAACUACUGCUCUCUAUGACAAGGGAGUGGAUGCUAUUAGUAAGAUGUCUGCAGAAGAUAUUACACAGGUUUUUAAAGAAGCAAGAAUGUGUGAACUUUUGCUGAAACCAGGCAUGACAAUUUAUCAGUUAGCAUUAGAAGCUGGCUGCUUUUCUACUGAAGAUGAUGCUGCAAGAAUUAUAUCAGCAGGUGGUUUCUAUGUGAAUCAACAAAGAUGUACAAAUUUAAGUGAAGUUUUAACUUUGGGCACUCAUAUAUUGCUUAAUAACAUUACACUUCUUCGUGUUGGGAAGAGGAAGUAUUUUGUCGUAAAGUGGAAGAUCUGAAGCAAAGUUGGGCAUUCAUUAUGGUGUGAAUCUUUUAGAACUGAAAACAUUUGAUUAUUUUUCAAAGCUAAAUAAAGUUUUUUGCUAAUGUUUUUAA